UAUGUACUCUACAUGUCGCUACUUGGUACUACGAGGGCUUUGUCAUGACCCUUUAGACUGCCGCACUCCGAUCCAGCGGUUUGCAUUAGUUGUUGUCCUAAAACAUGAACAACAAAAUGGUCAUGUUUUUACUCUCCGAGCCAGUGUGUAUAUUUUACUUCACUAAUUCAUUGACAUGCUAUUCAGUAUUAUUCUAGCCUCCUAAAGUACGUCUCAUGUUAGUUAAGCCUCCGUACGCACUGAAUGGAUGAGGAGAGAUGUACGCUGCCAACCCUACGUGCAAUACGUCCAAGGAGAUUCAGCACAGUGAAUCGCUUUUUUUUUUGUCACACGCUUAAAAGUAUCCUGGUGAUUUAAGCUUCACGUGUGAGAACUAAAUCUAAAACUAAAAGUUUAACUCGAUGAAACUAUGAUACCAAGUGUCAAUUCACGUUUAACACAUGUACUCACUUCCGCUGUACUAUCAAUAUGUGUAAAUGACUUCCUUGUACUGUUUGUAACCAUAAAUAUUAUAAAGCACAAAGUGUUGACAGUAUUUGAGAUGUCUUUCUUUUGCGUGUCAUCUCUGACGUCAGUCCACCCCACACUAUGUAGAAGUAAUUAAAUCUAUUCCCAGCAGUUUUUUUUUUUAAUACACAAUUACCCGAAAGGCCCACACCCAGCCAAAGUUCGCGUGCACUGAUACAUUCAUUGCCUCCCUAUUGGUGUCGUUUUAAUGACUGCGACUGUCUGUGAAUGAAUGAGCGACAGUUACUUCUGGAGGGAUUCUCGUAAACCCGUCAUUUCUUCACGUGUCAUCAAGCCAUGGCUCCUUAAAAGUAGCAUACGGUUAAAGUACACUUGACUUUUGAACCCAUUGCACACACUGCCAUGUGAAGGAGAAAGACUUUUUUUUCCACCCCAUCCACCUACCGUCACCUUGCAGGUAGAAGCUUGGCUUGAUCAGAGUGUAUUAAGUUCCAAUAACAGGACUUUACAGGGGGGAAAUUUAGGCAAGAAGAAUAUCGGGAGCCAUGGAAGAAGUUGACAACAUCACGAUGGAUCCCGCCUGUUUACAGGAACCCCCUCUGGCUAUGGAUGUGAUCAAGCAGCUCGAUGCGUUCGGAAUCUGCCUGUACGCCAUGCUCACCUUUAUGUCCUUCAUAUCCCUGCUGCUCUACUUGGAGCAAUGUGUUUACAUUUAUAAAAAACUGCCCUACCCGAAGAAAACAACCGUCAUCUGGGUCAACGGAGCUGCACCGGUCAUUGCCACCAUGUCUUGUUUUGGGAUGUGGAUCCCCAGGGCUGUUAUGUUCACAGAUAUGACAUCAAAUUGUUAUUUUGCAGUGGUGGUCUACAAAGUCCUGGUCCUGCUGAUCGAGGAGUUGGGUGGCAGCGAUGCGUUUCUGAAGCGCUUUUCCGGGAAACCCUUCAAGAUCACCACGGGGCCUUGCUGCUGUUGCUGCCUGUGUUUACCUCGCGUACCCAUGUCACGGGGCAUGCUGUUCCUGCUGAAGUUGGGUGCACUGCAGUACGCCAUCCUAAAGACGGUGCUCAGUGUCCUCUCCAUCGUACUGUGGACAAACGGCAACUUUGACCUCUCUGACCUAGAGAUCACCGGCACUGCAAUUUGGAUCAACCCGUUCAUUGGCGUUCUCACCAUCACCUCCCUGUGGCCCGUCGCCAUCGUGUUCAUGAACACCAAUCAUCUUUUACGCAGCCUCAACAUUGUACCAAAGUACGCCAUGUACCAACUAAUACUCGUAUUAAGUCAACUGCAGACAUCCAUCAUCAACAUCCUGGCUCUGGAUGGAACAAUCGCCUGCGCCCCUCCCUUCUCUUCGCAGGCCCGUGGAUCCAUGCUGAGUCAGCAGAUGAUGAUCAUGGAGAUGUUCAUCAUCACCCUGGUCACUCGCUUCUUUUAUCGCCGCACAUAUGACACCCUUCCCUCACCCGCACAUAACCACCACCUCAAGGACGGAGCCCCCCUGCAGGCCGUUCACGUGGAGCAUGACGUCUGAAUGAGGGGAGCUGAAGCGCUUUUAACCGAGGUACCACCGGUCAAAUUGGAUGUGGGGCGAAACUACCUCAUCUGUCACUCAAGGGGGAGAAAAUAAAUCUUUGCGUGAUCAGUAUUUCCUCAACGCUGUAUUUGCUAAUUUCAUCGAUAGACAGUACAGGAUGAAUCAAGUCAUUUUACAUAAUUGUUGCAAGAAAAACACAGUGUGCUGUAAUCCCUUGACUACGGGUACUCAAACUAAUAAUAUCUAAUACAAGAGCUGCGUCAACAAUUAUGCAACAAUUGAUGCUGUCAUAUGAUAGACACAAUAUGUUCAUUAUUGUCGCUGCAUCAUACUGGAACAUAUUUCCCACUUCGACGGGACCAAAGUACGAAAUUAGAAGUAUUUGUAUUGUAUCAUUGCGCUGUCAUACAGUUUUUACAGCACUGAAAACUCUCAUGAUUAACUUAUUGUUGAAUUCAUACCACUUACAUACCACGUAAAUUCAAUAUUAUGGCUCAAUGUAUUGAGGAUCAAGUGUUGGUUCUGUGUUUCAGCCUUUUCAAUGUGUGAUGUUUGUCUUCAUAUCUAUGCAAUGCUCCCACCAAAACUUCUGUUGCCUGUGGGGGGGAGAAAAAAAAAAACGCUACCAAAGGUUUAUUUCAAGACUGCUGACCCACUUAGUACAAAGCGGGAAAUACUUUGUGCUGCGGAUGAGGUGGCAUCUUUUUUCUGCUGUUCCGCUAAUGGCCAAAAGAGAGCGUGUUCCACUUCAAAGCCUCAUGCGCUGACCUGAAAAUAAAGAUCUAUCGCUCUCC